CCCGUGUAUAUAUCCGCGGGGGCCGGCGAGUUCCGCCCCGAUCGAUCGGCGGAGUGAUUGGUCGCUGCCAGGACGACUCGAGGAGCGGCCGGAGCGAGUGGCGCGGGAGGGAGGGAGGAUGGAUCGCUGCCGGAAGCGGCCCGACUCCGACGGCGGAGCUUCUGGGGAGGCGGAGCACCCCGCCGAUAAGCGGCCCUGCACUGCGGAGCCGUCGACCUCGGCUGCUGCCGUGGCGGGGGAAGGGGCGGGGGCGGAGGCUGUGGUUGCGGCGGCGGCGGGGGAGCGCGCCUGCUCGGAUAUGGACACGUCGUCGUCUGGCCACGCAGGCGAUGGGGAUGGGGAAGAGGAUGGUGAUGGGGAUGGGGAUGGGGAAGGGGAAGGUGACGAUGAUGGGGAUGGGGACGGGGGGUCGUCGUGCGAGUCGGAUGGGGACGGGAGCCCGAGGAGGUGCGGAGGCGGGGGAGGGAGGUUCCAACGGAUGGUGGCGGCGGUGGCAGCGGAGGGCGCGGAGGAGGGGCCGCUGGUGGCGGCGCUGACGGAGCUCUGCGAGGCGCUCUCCUUCUGCGGGGAGGACGUUGGGGGUUACUUCCCUACGGAGGCCGCGGCGCGGGCGCUGGUGCGGCUGGUGGGGGCCACCGAGGGUGGCGUGGUGGCUAGCCCCGACGUGAUGCUGCUCUCCGUGCGCGCCAUCACAUACCUCUGCGACACGAUGCCACGCGCUUCCGACGCUGUCGUCCGCCACGGCCUGCUCCCUUUGCUCUGCUCCCGUCUUCUCGCCAUCGAGUACCUUGAUGUUGCUGAGCAGUGCUUGCAAGCAUUCGAGAAGAUAUCGCGGAGGCAACCAACGCCGUGCUUGCGGGCUGGCAUGAUCGCUGCUGUGCUCACAUUCAUUGACUUCUUCUCUGCAAGUAUUCAGAGGGUUGCGGUCUCAGCUGUGGCAAAUGUCUGUAAGAAGGUCCCCAAAGACUGCUCCCAGUUUGUGAUGGAUUCUAUGCCAAUGCUGUGUAAUCUACUGCAGUAUGAGGACAAAAUGGUGGUGGAGAAGGUUGCAAGUUGCUUGAUAAGCGUUGUGGAUUCAUUUAAUGGUUCAGUGGAGCUUCUCGACCAGUUGUGUCACCAGGGUGUGAUAGAGAAAGUCCUGCCACUGAUCAACACUGGUGGACUAACUUCUCUUAGCCCAUCAACAUGCAGUAACUUGAUUGGGCUUCUUGCUAAGUUAGCCUGUAAUUCACUGGUGGCUGUGAAGUCUCUCUUUGAGCUGAAUGCUGGUAGCACCAUAAGUAGAAUUUUGGUUACUUCAGAUCUCUCACAUGGCAUGCCUUACCUGCCUUUGGAAAACCAAAACAACCAGGUCAAUGAGGCUCUGAAACUAGCAAACCAACUUAUUCCUUCUGCAGCAAGAGAUGUUGAAGACACUCAGAUGGUACAUGCAAAAGAAAAAAUAAUUAUAGAUGAACCAAGGUUCUUAUGUCAGUUCUCUAUGGAGAUUCUUCAUGUCUUGAUCAAGGCAGUCAACUCUGGUGCAAAUUCAUACAUUUGCUAUGGAUGUGCUUCAAUUGUAAAUAACAUCUGUUAUUUCAGUAAACCUGAAAUGCUUCAAGAUUUGCUCAAGGAUGCAAACAUACCUAGUUUCUUGGCUGGUUUAUUGUCUCGUAAGGAUCAUCAUGUGCUAUUCUCAUCACUAAAGCUUAUCGAAAUUCUCAUGCAAAAGCUUCCUGAUGCUUACCUUGGAUCUUUCAUCAAGGAAGGUGUAGUCUAUGCAGUUGAGGCUCUUCUUGUGCAAGAUGAUUGCUCAAAAUCUACUGAUCUCUCUGAUGAAACUCAACAAUCAGAGAAUCAGCCUGUCAUAAGAAAUAAGCCGACAUGUUUCUGCUAUGCAUUUGAUUAUCCCAGAUCUGAUGCUGCUGAAACAAGGAUCUGCAUGAUUGGAAAGGGCAACCUAUUUACUUUUGCAAGGCAUGUGAAGACAAGCUACUUCACUGCCGAAGCAGUGAACUCUGAGAUGGGGUUGACGGAGAUUUUGCAAAAACUCAAAACUUGCUGCGCAGUUCUGAAUGAUUCUGCUGAUAAGUCAUUAAACCAAGACAAUCUCCAAAAUGAAGAGCACUUGACUAACAUUUUAAGUGAGGUGAUGAUGGAGCUUCAUGGGGGAGAAACAAUGACUACCUUUGAGUUCCUUGAGAGUGGAUUGGUCAAAUCUUUGUCUAAUUACCUCUCCAAUGGCAAGUUCCUCCAAACGGAGGGGAAUCCAAAUGAUUACAAUACUGAACAUGUUCUUGCCGUGCUAAAAAGAUUCCAAUCAUUUGCUCAUAUAUCCUUUUCAAGAAUGGAGCAGCACUGGGGCGAUAUGCUCUUGACACUGUUAGUAAGGAAACUACAGAAUGCUCUUACCUCCCUUGACAACUUCCCAGUGAUAAUGAGCCAUAAUUUCAAGCCAAGGAACACUAUUUCAGAUAUCCCUACUAGGCACUCAACAAUUACUCCAUGUAUCCGAGUACGAUUUAAGAAGGAUGAAGAUCAAAUCAACUUGUCAAACUAUAAUAAUGUUGUUAAUGUGGAAAUCUCUUCCUCAUUGCACACUAUUGAAGAGUUCUUGUGGCCCAAAAUUUGUACAGACACAAGCAAUCAGAAGGCUGAAUCAUCAUCCAAUGCUGUUGCUUCUGAAAAGAAAUAUUCUGAAGAUGACCUACAGAAAAGAGAUUUCACACCUGAAUCAUCCCCAACACGCGAGGGAGAUAUAAGUGGAAAUCAAAAUUUAUCUGUAGAGCCAGGCUCGGAUAAAGGGCCUUCAUCUUCUGGUGCAGUCCAACAAGAGACAAGUGCAAGUGAUCAUACUGCACAACCAAAAUUGUUAUUUAGCUUGAAAGGAAAAAAUCUUGACCAAUCUAUUACUCUGUAUCAAUCAAUCCUGCAGGAUCAGAUAAAUGCAGGCUCUGACAUAAUUUUGGACAACCAGUUUUGGCGCAUUGUGCAUGAUGUAACCUAUAGAACUGUGAAUCCAAAAGUAGAUUAUUCUCUUAAGAAUUCAUCUUGUGCUACAACAUCAGCAAAUGACAGUAAAGCUGGAUUUACGUGGCAGGCACUCCCUUUCUUCAGUAGCCUGUUGCUUGGCAAGCUUCCUUGCAAACUUGACAGAUCAAGUCCAUCAUAUGACAUAUUAUUUAUGCUAAAAAUUCUGGAGGGACUAAACCGAUACUCUUUUCACCUUGUGUCUGAUGAGAGAAACCACACUUUUGUACAUGGAGGCAUAACUAACCUUGAUGAUCUGAAAGCUGAUGUUUCUUUAGUUCCACAGCAGGAGUUUGCCAGUGCUAAAUUGACAGAUAAACUGGAGCAACAGUUGCAUGAUCCCUUGGUUUUAAGGUCUCGCUGCCUGCCUUUAUGGUGCACUGAACUGAUGUCUGCAUGUCCCUUCUUGUUUUCUUUUGAGGCAAGAUGGAAGUAUUUUCAGUUGACGGCAUUUGGUUCAUUGACCCCGCAACAUGGGAAUAUGAUGGAUACAAGUGGUAGUGGUAUAAUAAUAGAAAGGGUGCCAUCCUUCUCACGGAAAAAGUUCAAAGUUGACCGUGACAAUAUACUGGCAUCUGCUGCUAAAGUGAUGCAAUCACAUGCCUGGGGUAAUGCACUGCUCGAAGUGGAAUAUAAAGAGGAAGUAGGCACUGGUUUAGGUCCUACGAUGGAAUUCUAUACACUGAUAAGUCAUGAGUUUCAGAAGUCCGGUUUAGGCAUGUGGAGAGGGGACAUUCCCUGUGAAACUGGCCCGGAUAUUGCUCAUGGUGGUUCUGGAUUUGUGGUUGCCCCUAAUGGACUUUUUCCUAAACCAUGGUCUAUCCAUGUGGAUUGUUCUUCCUUCUCAGAAGUGGAUAAACAAUUCCACCUCCUUGGUCAGGUUGUUGCAAAGGCAAUUAAAGACAGCAGAAUUCUCGACAUUCCAUUUUCUAAAGCAUUUUAUAAGCUUAUACUAGGGCAGGAACUUAAUCUAUAUGACAUUCACUCAUUUGAUCCUGAACUAGCAAUGACCCUUAUGGAGUUUAAAGCGGUUGCUGCUCGGAGAAAAUAUUUAGAAUCAAGUUCGAGUGGGGACUGUAAGAGUACAUCUGAUUUGUCUUAUCGAGGUUGCAAGAUUGAGGAUCUUGCUAUUGUGUUUGCUCUUCCAGGAUAUCCAGAAUAUGUUCUUUCUCCAGAAAGUAGCUUGAAGAAUGUAAAUGCUGACAAUUUAGAACAGUAUGUUUCUUUUGUUGUUGAUGCAACGGUUAGAACUGGAAUCGCAAGACAGCUGGAAGCAUUUAAGUCAGGAUUCAAUGAGGUAUUUCCACUAAGCACCCUCCAGGUCUUCUCAGAGGAUGAACUGGAGCGAUUACUCUGUGGUGAACAAGACACUUGGGAUUUCACAAAACUUGUGGAUCACAUAAAGUUCGAUCAUGGCUACACUUCCAGCAGCCCUCCUGUCAUUAAUUUGUUGGAGAUUGUACAGGAGUUUGGAUGCAAUCAACGAAGAGCUUUCUUACAGUUUAUAACAGGUUCACCUCGACUCCCACCGGGUGGGUUAGCUGCACUAAAUCCAAAACUGACGGUUGUCCGAAAGCAUAACAGCAACGAGGCUGAUGACGACCUGCCAAGUGUGAUGACUUGCGCUAAUUACCUAAAGUUACCCCCCUAUUCUUCCAAGGACAAGAUGAGGGAGAAACUACUCUACGCAAUCACGGAAGGCCAGGGGUCUUUCCACCUAUCUUGACUUGAAACUGAUACCAUCAGCUCCACAUUCCGCACGCCGUAGAAAUUCAUGUGUUCUGUAAGUAUCACGUAGGAAAAAUGGUGUAAAUGUGGGUGGUUCACUGCUUAACUUACCAUAACAGUGACACGGUUCGGUGGAACUAAUGUUAGGGUGGAAAGGGUUAAAAAAAAGGAAACAGAGGUGGCGCAUGCCCAUCAUUCUCUGUACAGUGGUAGUUGCCUCUAGGUGUGCUCAAGUGGUCGCGCACAUGGCGACUCUCAGCUUAGCUCGCCCCUGUUGAUGCAAACCUUCUCGUUUUGUUGUAAAUAUACAUGGCUGCCAAAAAUCUUCAAUACUA